AUGGGUAAGAUAAAAGUAAAGGGGAAAGCUGGUGCAGCUACAAAUUAUAUUACGAGAAACCAAGCAUUAACAAAACUUCAACUAUCACUUGCGGAUUUUAGGCGAAUAUGUAUUCUUAAAGGCAUUUACCCACGAGAACCUAAGAAUAGAAAAAAGGCAAACAAAGGAUCAACAGAGCCUACAACGCUUUACUAUACUAAAGAUAUACAAUAUCUUGCACAUGAACCAAUACUUAAAAAGUUCAGAGAAUACAAAGUUUUUAUAAGGAAACUAAAUAAAGCACUCGGAAAACAACAAUUAAGUAUCGCAAAAAACUUAGAAAAGAACAAGCCUGUCUACACGUUAGACCAUAUCAUCAAAGAAAGAUAUCCGACUUUCACUGACGCAUUGAGAGAUCUUGAUGAUGCAUUAUGCAUGCUGUUUUUAUUCGCUACCUUUCCUUCAACAGAUAAAAUAAAGUCUGAAACUGUUGCAAAUUGUCAACGAUUAUCCCUUGAGUUUCAACAUUACGUGAUUCGUACUCAUAGCCUUCGUAAAGUAUUCUUGUCUAUAAAAGGCAUUUAUUAUCAAGUUGAAAUCAAAGGUCAAACGAUAACUUGGCUAGUUCCUUAUCAAUUUAGUCAACAGAUUCCUAAUGAUGUUGAUUUUCGUGUUAUGCUUACAUUCUUGGAAUUUUACCAAACUUUUGUUGGCUUUGUAAACUUUAAAUUAUAUACGGAUAUGAACCUGGUCUACCCUCCAAAAUUGGAUACAUCAAAAGAUGAUGGCGCAGCUGGUUUAAAUGCUAUUAUUAUUGAGGUGACAAAUAACCUCUUUUUAACAUCAAGUCAUGUUAAAGUUGAUAAACAGCCGGAAGGUAGUGCUUUGCCACUUGAAGAGUCGGUGCAAAAAGUUAACUCUGAAGAACGUUUGAAAACAUUACCAGAAAAACUUGUAGAAAUCAAAAAUAGGGAUGAACAUCAUUCUGUAUCAGAAACCGUGCCAGAUAAUAUUGAUAAUGUUGAAACUGAGGAAGCAUUAGUGGACGAUUUUAUGGAUCAAACACCUGUUCCAUCUACAUCCCAGGAGCAGAAUGCCUUAACUCAGACUUUUACUUAUCGUGAUAUUCAGUCUGCGUCCAUAGCACUUUCGGAAUUUGAAAAUUUAUUUUCAAAAUGUAUAUUUUAUCUUUCACGCGAGGUUCCGAGAUAUUCUUUAGAGUUUAUCAUACGCGCAUUUGGCGGUCAGGUCGGCUGGGAUGACACAGUUGGUGUAGGAUCACCGUUCAAAGAUGACGAUGAACGUAUUACCCAUCAUAUCAUUGAUCGUCCAAUUAUUAAAAGUAUAUCCUUAUCACGUGUAUACGUUCAGCCACAAUGGGUUUAUGAUUGUAUCAAUGCUAGAAAAUUGCUGUUGACUAAACAGUAUCGGCCAGGUCAUGAAUUGCCGCCUCAUAUGUCACCUUUUGUUGAACACAAAGAAGGUGAUUAUGAACCUGAAAUAGAGAACGAAUUUGAAGGAAUGGUUGAAGAGACAAAUACGGACAAUGAAGACAUGGUUUAUCAAAUGGAACUUGAAGCCGAAGCAGCUGGAAUAUCAUUCGCCAAAUAUAAUGAAAAACAAGCUAAACAAAGAAAGUUCCAUGAUAAUAGCGCAUCGAAAGUGCGUGUUGUGAACGGCAAAAAACGUACUUCUAAAGAAAUUGAAGAACAAGAAAUUAAAGAGUUGUCCAAAAUAAUGAUGACAAAAAAACAGAAAAAACUAUAUUCAAAGAUGCAGUAUGGAAAGAAAAAGCAGGAGGAAAAGGUUUUAAAUUUAAAACGUAAAAAAGAAGAACUUAAACGUCAGAAGAAAAAUGCUGUUUCUACGUCUUUAAAGGAUGACAAAAAGAGAAAAUAA